UCAUUUCAACUGAUGGUCUUCUACAUUUUGUUAGAAUUUUAUGUAUUAUUUAUCAUUUGUCAAAACUUGGGAACUGUUUCAUCCGAAUAAUUCUGUAAGCUAGUGUUUAUUCCGCCACAGCAUUAGAUUCAACGAAUUAUAAGUUUACGGCAAAUAGCGAGGCUUUUGCUUCCGGUUAUUGGAAUAUUGGGUAAUAAGGAAGAUGGCAGCGACCAGGAGGUUGCAGAAAGAGCUCGGCGACAUCCGAUCGUCGGGCAUGAAAUCUUUCCGAGAAAUCCAAGUGGAUGACUCUAAUAUAUUAACAUGGCAAGGUCUUAUAGUGCCGGAUAAUGCCCCUUAUAAUAAAGGUGCGUUUAGGAUUGAAAUAAAUUUUCCUGCAGAAUACCCAUUCAAACCACCAAAAAUUAAUUUCAAGACCAAAAUAUAUCAUCCGAACAUUGAUGAGAAGGGCCAAGUCUGUCUGCCGAUCAUCAGCGCUGAAAACUGGAAACCAGCAACGAAAACAGAUCAAGUGAUCCAGGCGUUGGUAGCACUUGUGAAUGACCCAGAACCUGAACAUCCACUUCGUGCUGACCUGGCUGAAGAGUAUCUCAAAGACCGUAAAAAGUUUGUGAAAAAUGCUGAAGAGUUUACCAAGAAGCAUAGUGAGAAGCGACCGUCCGAUUAAAGUCUGUGAAAUGAUGCAGUUCCUGCCUGGACUUUGGGAGGAGAGGUUUUGUGAUACACAACUUGAACAUUUGUUUGUGAUUGUAAUUCUGGUGUAUGUACAGUGUGCACCGAAAGUGUAGUAAACACUCCUCCCCCCUCUGUGACAGUGUUAGCACCAUCUACACUCACCAGGUGAAGCGGUGCAUGGGUGCUUGUCAGGUGUUGCCAACACUGGUGUGCAUGAGUGCAUAAAGAAACGCCCUUGGUACUAUUUGUCACUUUGAUAAACACCAGCCCAGAUACACAUGAUUUUUGAGACUACUAUAUGUGAAAGUAGUAUGGGUAUUGUUCUAUCACCAAUACAGUUUGUCAGUUGGAAUUUACAGUGCAGUUUUAUUCCAAUUUGUUGUCAGCUUAAUUGUAUACAUAUUUCACAGUUUCUGUUAAAACAAUUAUAUUUAAUUGUAUGGUAUAAAUGAUUGUUUUCAUUAAAAGAUAAAGAUGUGAAUAAAUUUUACAUAUUUAAUUUACUAA